AUUGAUUCCCAUUCUUCCCAGUGAUAAACAAUGCUGAAAUGGGUUGGGCCUGUUUGUGGUGCCAUCAUUGUGUACUUGUCCCAUUUCCUUAGGGGAAGGGGAAUUACUGAAUCAAAGGAAGUCACGUAUCUAAGGCAUUUGUGCAUAUUAACAAAUUGUCCUGCAGAAAAGGCUCUCGGUUUGUCUAGUAUAGAGAUGACAUGAAUUACUAGUGACAUAAUAUUCAUUUACAUGUUUAUUAUUCAAACAAAUGUGUCCAGUCAUUCAUGUUAUAAGGUUUGGGGCCUGUUCAGAGAAAGGAAGAUCCUGCCUUGACAUUCCUAUGGGCAAUAUAUGGUGGACAGUUUUCUCAUUUAAUUAUCUAGAUUCGUUCUUUUUUCAUCUUGCCAUCAAACCUGCAUAGCUACCUAAGGCCCCACCUGGCGACCCUAGAAGGGCUUCUGUAUCUUUAGACCGGAGUUCAGGUUCAGACUUAGUGACUCCAGGCUUUCUCUUCUCAAAGUCAAAGCUAGCUCCAAGAGUGAGUAUGGUGUGUGGGCUGGCCGCCUUUCAGGGGAGGGUUCCUCCGAGAGGGGCUAGCUCUUUGCCAUUUGGUACCCUCUUACCUCUGUUUGCCGGUACAAGUGCCUGACACAUGGGGGACCCCCAGGAAAUGUUUGUGGAGCAAAUGAAUAAACAUACCACUCUAGCUUCCACUGCUUUCCUAUUAUGUAAACUCAUGACAUCGUGACACAUUAAAACAGAACUAUUCUCUAUUUUCCUCUUUGAGGGUAGGUCUUAGCCAUCUUUGGAUCCCAAGCUUCUAGCACAUAGUAGGUUUUUGAUUAGUGUGUAGGCAACUGUUAAUGUGGGGGCACAUCUCUCUUCAUUCAGCCCCCACCUCAGCCAGCUCUGGACUUUGUCGAAAUCUUAGUUCUGUCAGGAUUAGCUCAAAAAUGCCACCUUCUUUCUUGGUUACUCUAGCCAAAAGAGUAACAGCUGAUAUUUUUUGGCUCAGUGUUUUAUACAUAUUACACAUAUUAAUCCUCAACCAUUCAAAUUCGGUAUUAUCAUCCCCAUUUUACAGUUUAGGAAACAGAACUAAUUUCCGCAGUGUCAAACAGUAGUUAAGUGACAAGGUCAGGAAUCAGACUGCAUAAAUGGCCUUAAAGACAGAGUCCACAGCCACUAAACUCUACAGAAGGUAUCUCUCUGCACUACAUUCCUAUUAUAUUUUGUUCGUCAGAUUGGUAUAGAUCCGUCUCAUCGUCGCCACAUCUCCAUAUUCUACUGGAUCAAGAGCUCCCUGGGGAGUUUCUUUGUAAGUCCAGGGAGUAGACAGUGUCUAGAUAUUGGUUCGUGAUGCUUAAGUAUGUACUGAUUGAUUUGUGGUCCUAGUUUCUGUGUCUAAUACCCAUGAAUAGGAGGCAUCGAGAACCAUGCAGACUCACUCCCAAUUUAGAAUUCUUCCUGCUCUCGCACAGUAUCUUGAACUGGUCCAUGUAACUCACACCCUUACAAUUCUUUUUCAUGGUUUGUGUACUUGCCCCUUAAAACUGGUAGCAUCCAAGGAUAUAUCUUACAUGUGUUUCACCUCCUUAUCCCAAACUCUUGGCUUAGCACUGAGGUGCUAAUAAAUUGUGAAUUGAUAUACAAACCUCUGUCACCCCUCACUUAUCAGAUAAUAAACACUUCCAAGCACUCCCCCAUUCCCCAAAGGCAAGCUUGCUGAGUACAGAUACUGGGGAUCACGCCCCAGGGUCCACUGGAACGGCCCACCAAGCUGGGAAAGAUAGUUUAAUGUUUUAGCCUCUCCCUGGGUGUGGCCUUUGUAGGGUUGUCGAUCUGUCCCUAGUCUCCCUGUGGCCUAUUUCUUUGUGUCUCUAUCUCUUUGUCUCUGCCAGUUUCUCUGUCUUUUGUUUCUCUGCCUCUGGGCCUGUUUUCUCUGCAGAUUCCCUUCCUUUUCUUAUAGCUCUUCCGACUGUGCUCCAAUAAUUUCAUCUAUCUCUUAUGUUAUCUACAUCUCUUUGUCUCUGGAGGCCAAUCUUUUGCUCCUGUUAUUUUUGGUUCUCCGCUCUCUCGGUCUCUCUCGGCUUUUGCGUUCUGACUGGGGGUUCUUAGGUUACGACUUUGUGUCUGGCUCAGGGUCUCCGCCCCGGGCCUGAUUUCAAAGGCUGACUCUCCCCAGCAUUUCCCAGGCGUCUGCCUCUAGCCUCUAGCUGCGGCUCAGGCUUCGGUCUCCCCCAGCCCAGCCCCCAUCCCCACCCCACCCCCGGCCCCAGGCCUCUCGGACCCGCCGCGCUUUGUUUCCUGUGUCUCGGCGCCCCGCCCCCGCCCCGUCUGGGGUCUCCGCCGCCCUUUGUUUGCCUGGGUCUCUCCCCCACCCCUUUCCCUGGGUCAGUCUUCGAUCUCUCUUUGUCUCUCCGGGCCAGGGUGGCUGGCGCAGUCGGCCAGCCCCGGGGGUCGGCGCAGGUGGCCCGACACAGCGACAAUUAGGAAGAGUCUUCGGCCCUCAUCACCCGGCUCCGGCCCAGGAGGGCGGCGUGCGGGCGAUGGAGCGCGCGGUGGAGCCCUGGGGCCCGGAUCUCCAGGGCGCAGAGGAGAGGGAGCAGCUGAGAGGCGCCCGCACAGGUUUAGGGAGUGAGAAUGUGGAGAUUUCUCAGCCGGAUGAGUUUGAACAUCCCCCCCAGGAGGAUGACUUGGGGUUCAAGGAAGAGGAAGAUCCGGCUCCAGGUCAUGAAGUAGGAAAUGCCUCUCUCAAACCUGAAGGCAUCCAGACCUGGGAUGACUUGUGGGUCCAGAGAGAGGGACCGGGAAAACCUCAGGCUCGGGACAGAGGUCCCCGGCUCCUGGGAGAGCCACGCUGGGGCCAGGCUAGCGAUCGGGCUGCCGUGUGUGGUGAGUGUGGCAAGAGCUUUCGGCAGAUGUCAGAUCUGGUGAAACACCAGCGGACCCACACAGGGGAGAAACCCUACAAGUGUGGGGUCUGCGGCAAGGGCUUUGGGGAUAGCUCUGCCCGUAUCAAACACCAGCGAACUCAUAGUGGUGAAAAGCCCUACAGAGCCCGACCACCAGCCCAGGGUCCCCCAAAGAUUCCUCGGUCCAGGAUCCCGGCUGGUGAGCGCCCCACUAUCUGCGGUGAAUGUGGCAAGAGCUUCCGGCAGAGUUCUGACCUGGUGAAACACCAGCGGACACACACGGGUGAGAAGCCCUACAAAUGUGGCAUCUGCGGCAAGGGCUUUGGUGACAGUUCUGCUCGUAUAAAGCACCAGCGGACACACCGGGGGGAGCAGCCACCCCGGCCCGUGGUGCCCAGACGGCAGCCUUCUCGAGCAGCCACGGCAGCCCCACAGGGACCCAAGGCCCAGGACAAGCCAUAUAUCUGCACCGAUUGUGGCAAAAGAUUUGUGCUCAGCUGCAGCCUUCUGAGCCACCAGCGCAGUCACCUGGGGCCCAAACCUUUUGGCUGUGAUGUGUGUGGAAAGGAGUUUGCCCGGGGCUCAGACCUGGUGAAGCACCUGCGGGUGCACACGGGAGAGAAGCCCUACCUGUGCCCUGAGUGUGGCAAGGGCUUUGCCGACAGCUCUGCCCGGGUCAAACACCUCCGCACCCACAGUGGGGAGAGGCCUCACGCCUGUCCGGAAUGUGACCGCACCUUCAGCCUCAGCUCCACCCUCCUCCGCCACCGCCUCACUCACAUGGAGCCCCAGGACUUCAGCUUCCCAGGCUACCCUUUGGCCCCCCUGAUCCCCAGCCCACCCCCCAGCUCAAGCCCACCCCCACCUCCUCUUGGCACAAGCCCCCCACUGACACCUCGAAGCCCUUCACACUCAGGUGAUGGGCCUUUUGGCCUGCCUGGCUUGGAGCCAGAGCCCGGGGGCCCACAGGCUGGGGAGCCACCCCCACCACUGGCAGGUGACAAGCCCCACAAGUGCCCUGAGUGUGGCAAGGGCUUCCGCCGAAGCUCGGACCUGGUGAAACACCAUCGUGUGCACACGGGGGAGAAACCCUACCUCUGCCCUGAAUGCGGCAAGGGUUUUGCUGACAGCUCGGCCCGAGUCAAGCACCUCCGCACCCACCGAGGUGAACGGGCUCGGCCACCACCACCAUCCACUCUCCUGAGGCCACAUAACCCCCCUGGCCCAGCACCCAUGGCCCCUCGACCCCGAGUCCGAGCCCAGCCCUCUGGACCCAGCCAGCCCCAUGUGUGUGGCUUCUGUGGGAAGGAGUUUCCCCGGAGCUCAGAUCUGGUCAAACAUAGGCGAACACACACUGGGGAGAAGCCAUAUAAGUGUGCAGAGUGUGGCAAAGGUUUUGGUGACAGUUCUGCCCGAAUCAAGCACCAGCGUGGGCACUUGGUCCUGAGGCCCUUUGGGACAGGGGAUGGUCGGGCAAGGCCCCUCAAAGAGGAGCCACCAACAGGACUGGAAUGAUGGGGUCCAGGGAAGGUGGAAGCCCAGGAGACCAAAGGGAGGGUAUCGGCUGCUUAAGCAGAGAAGAAAGGGCCGGGGAGGUGGUGGGAGGGAGAAGAAGGGGAAGAAAUGGGAGAAAGGAGUGAAUAGAUAGAAAUAGAGAUUGGAGACAAUGACCUUGAAGCUCAGGAAACUGUCCUGGCUGGGCUCAGUCAGGAUCUUGACAGUGUGGUCUAUACCCCCAGCUUCUAGAACACUGCCUUGUACUCUGAAUAGUGUAGGCACUCAAUAAGUACUUGUUGAAUGAAUAAACUGGCCUUAGCCUGAGGGCCCUUAAAGAACUCUAAAUUCCUGCUGCCUCUUAACCUGUUAAGGAUUGCUCCUACCCAACCUUGCCCUUAGGAGACCAGCACCCUGGCCAGCACCAAACAGGGUUUGACCUGUGUUUACAACAGCGAGACUUCAGGAGUUUGGGGUGGUAGAGAGGCAGGAGCAUCUUGAACCUUCUGAUGGGGAGAGUGUUGCUGUGUGGACUGCAGUACGCAGGCUCAGGCCCCUGGACAUGGCCUUAGCCAGGAAGGGCGCUCUUGGACAGCCCAGACCCAUCUGCCCUGGAGAACCCCAACCUGCCCUGACACCUGGACACUGGCAGAAUAGACCAGAGACAGCAGAAGGAGCACUCCUACACUCGAUGCCAAGCCCAGGUCCUGGUGGACGUCAGCAGAGACAAACUGGCUGGGAGAAGGGCAGGACUGGAGUGAGGAGAGGCCAGGGAAGCUCCAAGGCAGGACAGCCACAUUUCCAUGUAUCUCCUUGCCAAUAAACUUUCUUGUCUGAA